AUGCCGAAGAACAAAAAGGCCAAAACGAAGCACUACUUCUCCAAAAAUUCCAGCGAACUGAGCCAGGCAGAGAUCUGGGAUGACUCGGCUCUGAUCAGAUCGUGGAACGACGCCGUCGCUGAAUAUGAGUUCUACCACAGCAUCCACGCUCGCGGCGAAGACGUCGAGGAGAUUCUACGCAAGGCUGAAAUGGAUGAACUCGCCGAGGCCGGGGGACCAGUCGACGCUGAAUCCACAAAUGGCCAAGACGACGAGACCACGAACGCAACCAAAAACAUGAAACACACCAAGGCGCAACCCGAAGCUGUGACUGAAGAGGAGCCCAAUGAAGACGCAGAGAUUGAAGAUGGCGAAAUCGACGACGAUGAUCACGAUCUCCAUCUCGAUCUCCAAACAGCAAAGGAAGCCCUGACUCGACAAGUGCAAGGCGCAGCAGUCGAGCCUGAGCCGUCGCCCUCUGAUCUUCUCGCCGACACGAGAAACGAGACAACAGAGAACCAAACACCUCUUCCGACGUCGGCUUCGCAACCACCACCAUCAUCAUCAAUGAACAAUCAUCCUAUGAUAGGACCCAGCUUGCCGCCUGCCAGCGUCCAAGGUCCCUCGCCAGACCAAACACUCGAGAACAUCAAAAUGGCAUAUUACUGGGCGGGCUACUACUCCGGCUUAUACGACGGGCAACGACAAGGUCAAGGUCAAGGACAGACGACACCUUCUCAAACCGAUCAACCUCAACCUCAACAGCCCGGCCAAUGA